UCUACACUCGUUUUAUGGACAAUUGUCGUCUGGUUAUCGAGCGAGCCGAUGGAUUGCAUUGCUGAUCAAUGACUCAAGUUCAAUCAACCCACGCCUAUACAACAAUACGACGUUUUUGAGGAAAUUUGCUGAAGGAAAGGGGAGAAUAUGGGUCAUUUCAAACAUCACAAAUGAAGUCAGCAUGAUGAGGAUCAAACAAGAAGUUAUAGAAGAGGAGGAGGAGGGUUUCUCUCUAGGAGAACCCAUGGAGUUUAAGUCUAGCUGUGGAGGAAAGAUAUGUCUGAAACAAGGAACAGAGGAAUUAACAUCAUUGCCAUCUUCAAAUACUGGGGAAAUAGGAAAUGUCCAACCAAAAGUCAAGCAAGAAGUGGAGAAGAGUGACUUACAUUCACAGUCAGGUUCAGUGCCUACAGGAAACAUAAGCCAAGAGCAUGUAGCAGAGACUUUAACCCCAAAGCAGUGUUCAAAUCCUGGAGAUGAAAGAACUGUCCGACAGAAAGUCAAGCAAGAAGAGAAAAGUGACCUUCAUUCCCAAUCAGAUUCGAUGUCUUCUGAAAACAAAAAGCCAAAGCAAGAAGCAGAGAAUUCAAUCCUACAACAAAAAACAGAGACUUUAACCCCAGACCAUGACGCACAGACUUUAAUCCGAGUGCAAGAAGCAGAAACUUUAACCACAGUGAAUGAAGAAGAGACUUUGACCCCAAUCCAGUCUUCCAGUCUUGGAGAUAAAGGAAUUGCCCAACAGAAAGUCAAGCAAGAAUCAAGGAAGAGUGAGUUAUAUUCCCAAUCAGAUUCUUUGUUUUCUGGAAACACAAACCCAGUCCAAGAAUUAGAGACUUUGACACCAAUGCAGACUUCAUUAUCUCGGGAAAUAGCAGAUGCAAAACAGAAAGUCAAGCAAGAACUAAGGAACAGCGACCAAUCAGAUUUAUUGCCUUUAGGAAACAUAUUAAGACCAAAGCAAGAAGCAGAGAUUUUAACUCCAUUACAGUUUUCAAAUUCUGGAGGUAAAGAAACUGUCCAACAGAAGGUCAAGCAAGAAUUAGAGAACAGUGACUUACAUAAUUUGCAAUCAGAUUCAGUGCCUUCAGAAAAUGUAAAUCCACAAGAAGCAGAUACCUUAGCCUCAGUACAGUCUUCAAAUACUGGGGAAAGAGGAACUGUACAACAGAAAGUCAAGCAAGAAGCAGAGAACAGUGACUUACAUAAUUUGCAAUCCGGUUCAGUGCCUUCAGGAAAUGUAAAUCCACAAGAAGCAGAGACCUUAGCCACAGUACAGUUUUCAAAUUCUGGGGAAAAGGGAACUGUCCAACAGAAAGUCAAGCAAGAAGUAGAGGACAGUGAUGUACAUUCCCAAUCAGAUUCAAUGUUUUCAUCAAUCACCAUUGAAAUUGUCCUCAAGGAAGAGCAAUCAGCCGUGCCAUCAUCUGCGGGAAAAGCUUGUGGUGCGCAGUUUGUAGAUCCCAUAAAAGACAUCAGCAAUCAUGAUCAGAACCUUAAAAAGGCAGGGGGACAAGAGAAAAGCAUUUUCAGACUACCUCAAGUAAGGAAUACAAUGCCAAAGGAUGAUGCCAUGUCAGGAACAAACAUGCAAGAGGAAUCCAGUCCACAGGAUACUAUCUGUGAUGAAGCUAGAGAUCCUAACAAAUCCAAAGAACCACUGGCAUCGUCACAUCUUGUGAAUUCAAGUCAAAAUCGAGACAGACCAAGUGCACAAGCCGAAAACCCAAAUAGCACUAAUGGUAUACCGCUAGGCGUACUAAACAUCAUGAGGAAAAUUAGUGGGGGCAAAGUAUGCCGUCUCAAACUGAAGAAGUGUAAAAUUCCUGAGCAGUGUGUGAAUCCCACAAAAGACGUCAGCAAUCAUGAUCAGAACCUUAAUAAGGCAGGGGGACCAGAGAGAGAGGAUAGCAUUUCCAGAAUACCUCGAGUAACAGACACAAUGCCACAGGAUAGUGCAGUUUCAGAAACAUCUAUGACUGAUCAAGAGGAAUCCAGUCCACAGGGUGAUCUAACCACAGUUCCUUUGGAAUCUCGGGAACUACUGACAUCAACAAGCCAUAUGAAUUCAGUCCCAGGUCAAGGAGGAACAUCUAUGACUGACAAGCAAGAGGAAACCAGUCCACAGGAUGUGUCUGAUGAUAUAACAGCAGAUCCCCCAGAAUCCCAAGAACUACUGACAUCGACAAGCCAUAUGAAUUCAGUCCCAGGUCAAGGAGGAACAUCUAUGACUGACAAGCAAGAGGAAACCAGUCCACAGGAUGUGUCUGAUGAUAUAACAGCAGAUCCCCCAGAAUCCCAAGAACUACUGACAUCGACAAGCCAUAUGAAUUCAGUCCCAGGUCAAGGAGGAACAUCUAUGACUGACAAGCAAGAGGAAACCAGUCCACAGGAUGUGUCUGAUGAUAUAACAGCAGAUCCCACAGAAUCCCAAGAAAUUCUGACAUCGACAAGCCAUAUAAAUUCAGUCCCAGGUCAAGGAGGAACAUCUAUGACUGACAAGCAAGAGGAAACCAGUUCACAGGAUGCUUUGUAUGAUGAUAAGACCAAGGAUCCGCAGCAAUCUCAGGAAAUUCUGACAUCGAUAAGCCAUGUGAAUUCAAUUGAAAAGCAAGUAGAUCCACGUCCCCUGCCGGAAAGCACAAAUAAUGCUGAUAGUAUUCUAGAUGAGACAGCCCUUAUGAGGAAAUAUGGUGGUGGCAAGAUUUGUCGUCUCAAGUUGAAGAAAUGUGACAAUUUGCUAAAGUCUGAAAGUUCAGUAGCAAAAAGGAAGCAAUAUCGAGUAACAUUCAAAGAAGAAAAAACAUUUGAGUGUUCACAUUGUGAGAAGAAAUUUGCACACCAGCAAAGUCUUAACUCUCAUCUUGUAACCCACACAGGAGAGAAAAAGUAUGAGUGUUCUUAUUGCAAAAAGAAAUUCGGACAUGCGACUAAUCUCCAGGUUCACAUCAGAAUUCACACAGGAGAAAAACCUUAUGAAUGUUCACAUUGCGAAAGGAAAUUUGCAUAUAAGACUAGCCUCAACUGUCAUCUUGUAACCCACACGGGAGAAAAACCGUAUGAAUGUCCACAAUGUGAAAAGAAAUUCGGACGCAAGCAUCACCUCAACAUUCAUCUGGCAACACACUCGAGCGAAAAACCUUAUGAGUGUCCACAUUGUAAAAAGAAAUUUAAACAUAAGAGUGAUAUCAGGUCUCAUCUCUUCUUACACACGGGUAAAAAACCUCAUGAAUGUCCACAAUGCAAAAUGAAAUUUGCAUUCAAGGGUAGUCUAAAAUCUCAUCUUGUUACCCACACAGGGGAAAAAACUUUUGAGUGUUCACACUGUGACAAGAAAUUUGCACAAAAGAGUAGUCUCAGCUAUCAUCUCUUGUCCCAUUCAGGAGAAAAGCCUUUUGAAUGUCCAAAAUGCGACAAGAAAUUUACAACAAAGAAAUAUCUCCAGACUCACCUCCGAUGCCACACAGGAGAAAAGCCCUAUGAAUGUUCACAUUGUAAAAAGAGAUUUUCAUCUAAGAGUGCUCUCAACUCUCAUCUCUUAACUCACACAUCAGAAAAACGUUAUGAAUGCCCACAAUGUAAAAGGAAAUUUGCGCGCAACAGACAGUUCAAACAUCAUCUCUUACUCCACAAAGAUGAAAGAGCUUAUAAAUGUUCACAUUGUGAAAAGAGAUUUGUAACUAAGAGUGCACUCAAUAAUCAUAUGCAUUUGCAUACAAAAGAUAAACAGUUUGAAUGUCCACAUUGUGAAAGGAAAUAUAGACGAAAAGAUUGUCUCCACAUUCAUCUAAAGACACACACCGGAGAAAAACCUUAUCCAUGUCCACAUUGCACAAGGAAAUUUGCAUAUAAGACUAGCCUCGAUUAUCAUCUCUUAACCCACACAGGAGAAAAACCUCAUGAAUGUCCACAAUGCAAACAGAAAUUUGGACAUAAGAAAAGUCUUAACAAUCAUCUCCUAAGGCAUGCCGGAGAAAAACCUUAUAAGUGUUCACUUUGUGAAAAAAAAUAUGUACUUAAGACUAGUCUGGACAUGCAUUUGGCGACACAUACAGGGGAAAAACGUUAUGAGUGUUCACAUUGUGGAAUGAAAUUUGUACAUAGGAGUUAUCUCAGAAAUCAUCUCAAAGUCCACAAAGGCAAAAAGAGUCAUGAAUGUCCACACUGCAAAAAGAAAUUUUUAAGGAAGAGUCAACUUACAAGUCAUCUCCUAACACACACAGGAGAACAAGCAUACGAGUGUGAACAAUGCAAAACAAAAUUUAAAUAUAAACAUGGCCUACGUGUCCAUCUCAGAAUACACACAGGGGAAAAGCCAUAUAAGUGUUCACAGUGCAAAAUGAAAUUCAGACUCAAGAGUGCGCUUAACCGUCAUCUCUUAACCCACACAGGGGUAAAACCCUAUGAUUGCAAACGUUGCAAAAAGAAAUUUGCACGUAAGGAGAGUCUUAACAUUCAUCUCCGAAAACAUGCAUGUACAAAAUAACACCUUAAUGUUCACAUUGCAAAAAGUUGUAUGCACAUAAGAAAAGUCUUAACAUGCUUUUCUUAACCCAUUCAGGAGAAUAACCUUAAAAAUUUUCAUUAUGCAAAGAGUAUGUUUAAACAUAUUCCAGAAUCAUUUCCUGUGAGAUGAGAAAGAACAACAACGCCUAAUGAAUGUUCACAUUGUGAAAAGAAAUUUGUUACCAAGAGUUCAGUCAAUGCUCAUAUGCCUUCCCAGGAUGAAACCAUUAUAAAUAUUCACAUUGUGAAAAGAAACUUGCCAUGAGAAUAGUCUUAACAUUCAUCUCUUAACGCUCACGUGAGACAAAAAUGAUCUUAUCAAAGUUCACAUUUGAAAAAGGAAAUUUGCACAUAAGAUUUAUUUUAUUCUUCCAUCUUUCUCCCUCUCUUGUCCCUGCACACACUUACCCUGACACACUAGCGUACCUACAGGGUACACACUACGAGACACAAGCCAUGCAAAGGACGUAUCCCUCCCCCCGACGAGCUUGAAAACCUUCCCCCCCCCUGACGA